AUGAGACGGUUGAAAAUUGGAAUUAGACCUCAGCUAAUCUUGCUAGUGGGCUUUGCUUCCUUGUUUUCACUUUUGAUCUUAGCAAUCGUCACUGGUGUCUACUUCAGUAUUAAUUUGAGCAGCUUGAGAUCAGAGAGACUUCAAGUCAUUUCCCAAUUAAAGGCAAAUCAGGUUCUGCAGUCUAUAGAUUAUGUUUAUUAUCAGGUUUAUUCUUUAACCUCCAAGGACUCCCUCUAUGGACCAUUGUCCUCGAGUAGAGCAGGAAACAGCUCUAACUUUGGAGAAGCUCGUCAAGCGAUUGAACAACUCGUAUGGUCGUCAGAGCUAUUUGCUGCGGCAAGGUUGUACGAUACGGAGCUAAAUAUGGUUGCAGAUGCUUAUAAUUCCGAGUCUCCAGUAUCUGACUCUGCAAUGGAUUACUUAUUUCCUUUAAGAAAUAACUCGUCAAUUCCCUCAUCUUUAUAUGACACAGAUGACGGCUAUCCUGCUUAUUUUACGGGACCAAUAAGCAAUUCAAGCGAUACCGACAACCAUUAUUUUAUGGGAAUUACUUUACCCAUAUAUUCAAAUUCUUCAAUUAUUCUAUCAGAUCCUUCUGUUGCUGGUUAUCUCUCGGUAAUAUCUAAUGCCCAGAAUAUCCAGGUAGCGGUCAAUGGUACAAGCACUUCUCUGGCACAUGAAGAUGAUGAUUACCAUGUCGUCGCAGUCAGACCAAUUUUCUCAGAUGCAAGUAAUAUCUCCAGUGAGGUAACAGGGUUCCAGGCUAUAUUUCCAAGUGCAUGGAACAAUUUAGAGCCCAACGUUAAUUACAAUAUAAAUUCUUCUGGGUCUGUUAAAGAGGCGAUUGCAAGAUCCUCUGGGUCAUCAAGUUUUGCAAAAUCAUAUGGUGGAUACCAUGUUGCUAUUGGGUUUGAUCGAAUAAGUAUCGACUCAACACUGUAUUGGGAAUUAAUCAUCGAACAAAAGAGAUCAAUAUUUCUUCAGCCAGUGAAAAAAUUACGUAAUAUCAUCAUUGGAGUGGUCAUCGGUAUCGGGGCAUUUAUGUGCUUAAUUACGUUUCCGCUCACAGUUUGGUUUGUUAGACCUAUAACAAAGCUCAAGGAUGCCACUGAGGCGAUCACGAAAUCAAAGAAACGAGCCAUGAGCCCCGAGAAAUCAAGCAAUCUUACACCCCCUCCACCUUACGGUCCAUCUGGUAGUCCUUCUAAUGAAACUAGAAAUUCUACUAUAUCGGUAGGUUCAAAUACAUCAGCUGGGUAUUCAACUGGCAUUAGGUUACCUAGUAGAAUCCCUAGAUCGAAGUUAUUUUUCAAGGAUGAAAUCACGGAAUUAACAGAGGCAUUUAAUAUCAUGACAGAUGAACUAGACAAGCAAUAUACACACUUGGAAGAUAGAGUCAAAUCAAGGACAAAGGAGUUGGAAGCAUCAAAAAUAGAAGCCGAAUCAGCGAAUGAGGCUAAGACAGUUUUCAUAGCUAAUAUCUCUCAUGAACUUAGAACACCUUUGAAUGGUAUAUUAGGUAUGACUUCUAUUGCUAUGGAUGAAGAAGAUCAAUCUAGGAUCCAGGACUCACUUAAAUUAAUUCACAGAUCUGGUGAAUUACUAUUGCAUAUUUUAACGGAAUUAUUAACUUAUUCCAAAAAUACUCUAAGCCGUUCUAAACUAGAGAAAUCGAAUUUUCAAAUAUUAGAGGUUGUUUAUCAAGUUAAGUCAAUAUUUGCGAAACUAGCCACUGAUCAAAGAGUAAACUUUAAAAUUUUGAUGAGACCUGACAUAAUAAGAAAGUUGAUAUUAUAUGGCGACUCAAAUAGAAUAAUUCAAAUCAUCAUGAAUCUUGUCUCUAAUUCCUUGAAAUUUACGCCAGUCGAUGGUUCUGUGAAUGUGAAUUUCAGACUCGUUGGAGAAUAUGAUUAUGAAAAGUCGAAAAGUGAAAAAUUCGAGAAGGUUCACGUUCUCAAAAAUAAGGAGAAUGAGCUAAAUGCUAAAGAUGGCUCGAAUAAUUCGUACCCACCACAUAAACUUGAUGAUGAUGAUGCUACAAAUGGAGUGCCCACAGUAAGCAAAUCGAAAGCAAAUACGACGAGCCUGGAUCCAUCUUCUAAUAUUCCCUCUUCGUUAUCGAUAUCAGAUAGAGACAAUCUGAGCGUAGCGACAAUUUCGAGCACAGAGUAUGAGAAUGUAUUGUUUAAGUCGCAAUUCAAGGUCAAGCCUAAUAUCAAGCCUUUGCCUAACUUACCGAGGAAUUCUUCAAAUGAUGUUUCUCUGCAACAUAAUGAUCUGUUGCAUGAGGAUGAGGAAAUAGCUUCAAACAAGGAUGAUGAAGUUGAGAAAUUGGACGAAAAGGACUCUGAAAGUCCAACUAAUGAAAAAGAAAUGAUAGAAGAAAGUAAUGGCACCAUAAAAGAAAUGAAUUCAAAUGCCUUCGAAUCUAAUGGAGGCAUUAGUGAUCCCAAGGAUGAUAGUGGUAGGAAGAGGCUAAGUGUAUCAUCAUUUCGCUCUUCAAUGUCAGGAAAUGAGUUGGUUAAGAAUAAUAAGGCUUACAACAUUAGACGGUUAUACAAGCAAAAGACUUGGGUGUUUCAAAUUGAAGUCAACGAUACUGGUCCCGGUAUUGAGCCGGCUCUUCAGGAGAAGGUUUUUGAGCCAUUUGUCCAAGGAGACCAAACUUUAUCGAGAAGCUAUGGUGGUACUGGAUUGGGUCUUUCUAUUUGCCGACAAUUAGCCAAGAUGAUGAAAGGAACGUUGACCUUGAAAUCUACCUUGGGAGUAGGUUCCAAGUUUACAUUUACAGUACCCUUGCCACAAACCGGAGAGAUAUUAGUCGAGGACGAAGACAUGGCAGCGUUUUGUGAGGAUGAGUUCAAUCCAAAUUCAAAAUAUAACAGAAAAAUUACUUUUAAGAAUCCAGAGUCUGACGACAUUGCUGACCAUGAGAAAGAUGCUAAAUCAGACUCUUCUUCAAGUGAGCAUGCCAAAAAUGAGAUGCACAACAGCAAUGGAGAUGGCUUUUAUCCAAAAAUUGAAGUUAAGCAGGUCACUAAUAAUGACGAUAAGGUCAAAAUUCAUGCAUCUAUUAGGGACUCAAAGCACUUGGAAAUAGCAGAAGCAAAACCUCAACUAGCUACAAGAUCAUCUACUGGCACAGCGGCCUCUUCUACAAGGGGCCAAGAACAUUCUGAUAUAAGCAUCAUGGAAAAUUUGUCACAUUUGAAAAUUUUAGUAGCGGAGGACAACAUGGUCAACCAGGAGGUCAUUAAAAGAAUGCUUAAACUUGAAGGCUUUGAAAAUAUCACUAUGGCAUGUAAUGGUGCUGAAUCUGUAGAGUUGAUCAAAGAAUCUAUAGAGAAUGAGGAACAAUUUGAUCUAGUGUUCAUGGACGUUCAAAUGCCCAAGAUUGAUGGUUUACUUGCCACCAAGAUGAUUAGAAACAAUUUACAAUAUAAUCAUCCUGUAAUUGCUUUAACUGCCUUUGCUGACGAGAGCAAUGUCAAGGAAUGUCUUAGCUGUGGAAUGAGCGGAUUUCUUGCUAAGCCGGUGAAAAGGACAAACUUGAGGAAAGUUAUCGCAGAAUUCUCGCCAACCUUGCUUAAGGAAAUUGUCACAACCCCGCAGGCAAAACUGCAUGACGACAAACGUCUCGGUUACGAUGACAUUAACGAAUAG